AAACUAAAACUUGAAUAAAAAUAAUAAUAUUGACAGACAGACACUACAUAUUUAUUACUUGGAAUUUAUUAUAUACAACUAGUAGAUAAAGUAAGAAGUUUUAAGUAAAUAAAAAAGGAGUAAAGGAGAUACUAACAUAUUUUCGUUACAUAAAAUGUGUUUUAAAAACUUCAAAUGAAAACAAUGUUAUGUUAAAACAAUAAUAUGGAUUUGCAAUGGAUAUCUAUAACAAUCGUUCUUACAUUAGUAAAAUUAUCCACGUCGGAAAGUGACCCGUACUACAAGGAACCAUAUCGUCCAUUAGGACCUCUUGUAAAAUGCAGCUUCCUUCCCAUGGAAUUCCUGGAAUGCGACGAACCAGUUGACCACAAGGGUAACGAGACAGCCAAAAAAGCUGUUAAACAUGGAUGCGUUAAAUUCGGUGGUGUACGUUACGAAGAUGUAGAAAAGACAAAGGUGCAGUGUAAAGCACUAGAUGGCAUCGAAUGCUAUGGAAAUCGUAGCUUCCUAAGAGAUGGAUUUCCUUGUGUACGAUAUUCUGGACAUUAUUUCACUACAACUCUUAUUUACAGUAUUUUGUUAGGUUUCCUAGGUAUGGACCGUUUUUGUCUUGGACAAACAGGCACAGCAGUGGGGAAACUUCUUACCCUUGGUGGACUAGGGAUUUGGUGGAUUGUAGAUGUAGUUUUAUUAAUUACAAAUAAUUUGCAUCCAGAGGAUGGCAGUAAUUGGAAUCCAUAUGUGUAACUUAAUGUAAAAAUAAUUAUAAUGUAAAUAAAAUAUUUAAUUA